GACUUGCAUGAAAUCAUUGCUUUGACAUUCAUCUUUUAUCUGCCAAAAAACCAAACUAAUCACUUUUUUUGCUAUCUCCAAAGAAAAAAAAAAUGACUAUUGCAAAAGUGUGUUGCCACUCUCUCACUCACAGACUACUUCUUGAAAACAGACUCCACUUUUAUGGCCAUUAGUCUUCUUUCAGUUUUUGUCAAGAAGCCCUUUUGCCUUAUCUUUAUAGCUGUUUCUUGUAAUUUUUAGUAUUAAAAAAAAAAAGACUCAAUUUUUUUGACUAUUCAUCUUAGUUUUUGUCAUCUUGAAACCCCUUUUGCCUUAAUUUGUAAUUGUUGGUUUAAAAAAAAAAAGGUCCAUUUUUUAUGACUAUUAGUGUUAGUUUUUGUCACCUUGAAGCCCCUUUUGCCUUAAUGUGUAGUUGUUAGUAAAAAGACUUCAUUUUUAUGGGUAUUCAGCUUUCAUUUUUUGUCAUAAUGAAACCCCUUUUGGCUUUUCUUGAUCAUUCAAUCCUUUAUCAUAGUUGUUUAUUGUGAUUUUUAGUUUAAAAAGUCACCAUUUUUAUGACUGUUUUUGUCACCUUGAUGUCUUAAUUUGUAACUUUUAGUAAAAAAAGACUCUUUUUAAUGGCUAUUUUUGUUUAAUUUUUUGUUAAAAUGAAACCCCUUUUGCCUUAGUUGCAUCAUUCUUUCCAUCUCCAUAGUUGUUUCUUGUAAUAUUUUUUUGGUUUUCAUGGGGUUGGAAUUUCACUUUCCUUAAAUUAAUCAUGCAAAAGUUUAUGUAAUGGAAAGUUCAUUCCUUUCUUGUUUUAAUGGCUUAAUGAGUUGUCUUUGUUAUUGGUUCUUGUUUGAUAGAUACAUGAAUUUAAGUUUACACUUUAGAACUCAUGUUUCUGAAUCAGUUCAUGCAUUUCUUGAAAUCAAAUCACACAUUCAGAAGAAAAAUCACCUUCUGAAAGUGUGUUUUGAGUUUUGACACUUAAAAAAGAUAAGGGGUUGUGUUUUUUCAUCAAAAUAAGAAAAAAAAAAGUAGUCUUUUUUUUUAUAUAAUCGUGGUGUCCAGGCCAGCUUGCGCGCACCUUGACUAAUUCCACGGGAUAACUGCAAUCUUUUUUCAAUGGCUACUUGUUUUAAUCCUUUUAGGCUAAGAAGGUCUAAGAGUAAACCAUUAACAUUGCCUUCUUCAUCAUCAAGAACUCAGUGGAAUUCAUUUGAUAUUGAAACGAUGGAUAAGAAAAGAUUUGAUAGUUUAGAGUCAUGGUCGAUGAUAUUAGAAUCAGAUAAUGUUGAAAGUUGGGAAGUUUCGAAAGAGGAUCAAGAGGAAUGGACAGCUGAUUUGUCUCAGUUGUUUAUCGGUAACAAGUUUGCUUCUGGUGCACAUAGCAGGAUUUAUAGAGGAAUUUACAAGCAAAGAGCAGUUGCGGUGAAAAUGGUGAGGAUUCCAACUCAUAAGGAGGAAACUAGAGCUAAGCUUGAACAACAGUUCAAGUCUGAAGUUCGUCUGCUUUCGCGUUUGUAUCAUCUCAAUAUUGUGCAGUUCAUUGCAGCUUGUAAAAAGCCUCCUGUAUACUGUAUCAUUAUGGAGUACAUGUCACAAGGAACUCUGAGGAUGUAUCUCAACAAGAAAGAGCCUUAUUCACUUUCGAUAGAAACUAUUCUGAGGUUAGCUCUCGAUAUAUCACGAGGGAUGGAGUAUCUUCAUUCACAAGGGGUGAUCCAUAGAGACCUCAAAUCAAGUAAUUUACUUCUGAAUGACGAAAUGCGUGUCAAGGUUGCAGAUUUUGGAACGUCUUGUCUUGAAACACAGUGCCGGGAAGCUAAAGGAAAUAUGGGAACUUACCGUUGGAUGGCACCAGAGAUGAUUAAGGAAAAACCUUAUACUCGUAAAGUUGAUGUGUACAGCUUCGGAAUUGUGCUGUGGGAGCUCACGACAGCUCUGUUACCAUUUCAAGGAAUGACACCCGUGCAAGCCGCUUUUGCUGUUGCUGAAAAGAACGAACGACCACCUUUGCCAGCCAGUUGCCAACCAGCACUUGCACACCUCAUAAAGCGCUGCUGGGCAGCGAACCCCUCGAAGAGACCAGACUUCACUGACAUUGUUUCCGCUCUAGAGAAAUACGACGAAUGUGUCAAGGAAGGCCUCCCUCUGACUCUCCAUUCAGGACCAGUUAGUCGAAACGCCAUUCUUGAACGCUUGAAAGGCUGUGUAUCCAUGAGUUCAUCUGUAAUUGUACAUGUCUGAUUCUCUUUUUUUUUUUCACCAAACAAUAAUUGUCAAUUUGUAUUUGAUCAUCAAAACCUUUUGGUUCACCAAUAGGUUUAGUAAAUUACAAGUUGUGUAUAUAAAAAUAUUAAUGUGUACUUAAUCACAUUUGAUGUAAUCCAUGUUAUAGGAUGUUUCAACAUUGUUGUCAAUGGUCUGUUGGUGGCA